ACAAAUUCUAGCACCGUCCACCGGAAUAAAGAACCACCAUGCUUCUUUUUCCUUUUUCUCCCAAGUCCCAACUCUGAGGUUUGAGUAGUAACUCCCAAGAAACACGAACCUCAAUCCGACCGAUCAAAUACUACUUUUCGAGUAGAAAAAGUAAGAAGUAGAAUGGCAAACGAGAAAUCAGUGAUGGCAGUGAUCAGGGCGGCCAGGCCGUCUUUCAGAAACAAUCAUGACAAGAUCGCAUUCGCCAUUCAUGCCUCUUUCCUCGCCUCCGGUUAGGUCCUCACCGCCACCAGACUUCUUGCCUUCGUGGACACAGCUCUCUCCUCCUCCUCUUCUUCCAACGGUUUCCACUUUUCUCGUCAGUUUCUCUCCAAUUUUUCUAAAAUUCGAAACUGAAAUCCACUACUCUUUAAAAAUAAUAUUUCAAAUAUAUGUACUUUUUAAUU